UUUGAAUUGACAGUUCACAGCGUCUCAACAGCUGUUCGACCAUUAUCAUCAACCUCGAAGCAUCAUUUUGAAAAACUUGCUGUACUACACGUGUCUGCAAAACUUAUUAAGAAUUAUAUUUAUCGUAUUUUAAUAUUUAUUUUGAACAUGGAAGAAGACGCAGGGAUCAAAGCUCCUGUGACUCGUCUAAGGAGAAGAAUUUCCCUAGAACAGUCCGAAGAGAGCAAAUCACCUGCACUCAACACUCCGACUAAAAAGAGAGGUGGAAGACGAACAGCUAAACCUGACUUGGAGCUUAUUGAUGAAAAUUCCCCAGAUAAUGAAACCACAAAGAAGACAGCAAAAAAAGUACCAAUAAAGGAUCUGAUUGACACCGUUGAAGAAAAACCUGUUACACCCUCAAGACGCAGUACAAGAAUUAAAUCAAACACAAGUAUAGUAUCAGAAACUGCCGUAGCAGUUGGAUCUCCGAGAGCUAAAAGGGCUGCUAGAAGGCUAUCACAAGUUGGAAGUGACUCUGAAGCACCGCUAACACCUGUCAGGCAGACUCGAAGAACCAGAAAAGAUUCUACUUCUAGUAUUGAAAAAGUUGAGGCCCCACCCACAAAACCAGCUUUACACAUAACUGAUGUUAUUAUAGAGGAACCAGAAAAUACUACAUCAAAAUCUUCAAGUGGAACAAAUGACACUAAUACAUCUCCAACGAAUAUCCGUAAAAGUCCGCGCCUACAAGAUAAAGUUAAGAAAAAUAACCCUGAUAACGAGAAAAAAAAUGUUGAACAAACUAAGCCCCAUAAACAAACUGAAGAAAUACAUAACUCGACUCAAGAAUCAAAAGACGAACUGUCAAAUGAAGGAAAAUAUUCUCAAAAAAGUAGACUAUCAGCAACUACUUCAGACUUGAUAAAAAAGUUAAAAACUCCAAUCAAGGCAGAAAACACAAACCUCAAUAAAAGUACAUCAGCCUUAGAAACUCAACUAGAAGGUAAACAAAAACGAAAAAGAACAAAGUCGUGGACAACUUUAACUGUUUCAAAUGAAAAUAAUUUCUACAGUGACAAUGAAGAUGUGAAGAAAAAAUUGAGAGAAAGGACUAACGGGAGAAUAUCCUUAGAUCAAACAAAUAAAUUAAAUUCAAGUGAUGGUUUGAAUACAAGUUUUGGACAAAAUAUAAAUGACAAAUCAUUUUUAAAGAAAAAAAAGAAUAACAGAAAUAACUUUGUGGCAGAAAACAUCAACACAUCAUUAAGAGACAGUAACAACCAGACUAUGAAUGAAAAAAAUGAUGAAAAAUCUUCGGUAUCCCUAAAUAACUCUCAAAAGAAUUAUGCAAGUGAAACAAUUAAAUUGUUUGAGAAGGAUCCUAGUGCUAACAUACACACUACGGUGUUCAUUGAAGAUGAUUCAGAUACAAAUUCUGGAAAAGUUAAUACUCAAAACAGAUAUGAGCAUGAAGAUCAAUGUGUUCCUGAAGUAGAACAUACUAACCAACUUGAAAAGAAUAGUUCUCAGAUUUCUGUUUCAUCAGGGAAACUUUCAAAUAUUGUGAAUAAAUCUAAAAGUGGAGCCAUAUUGAAUGAUAGCUGUGAACCAAUGGAUAUUGAUGAAACAAUACCUGAAAACCUAGUUAUAUCUGAAGUAAACUCAAGUUCACCUGUAGUGUUAUUAGAGAGAAGUAUAUCUAAAGGAAGAAAUACAUCUGGAAGAAAAUCGUCCCUAUCACAAAAUGUAAAUAAAAGUGGGAAUGAAAAUAAAAGUACUUUAAUAUUGUCACAACUUAAAGACUCAAGUUCUACUGACAUAAAUAAUGUUACAAAAUCUCCUCAAAAUAAAGAUAUUUAUUUAAAAGCUACAGAUGAUUUAAACACUUCUCAAGAAAAUGAUGCUAAUAAAAGAAAUCUGUCACUCAAUUAUGUAACUACAAGUACUCCUUUACAACAAAAUAAGUUGACUAAAUUGAGUAAUAUUAACACAUCUAUUAUUGCAUGUAACAAUGGUGUAAAAGAUGUAGAAACUAAUAAAUUAAAUCAGUCUAAAAAUGAAAGUAAAGUAUCUAAUAAAGUGGAAAAUGAAACUGCAACGAAUAAGUUAGUUUUAAAUAAUUCUGUAAGUGAUAAUAAUAAAUCAAACAAUGAAAUGGAUAAGAGUGCAAGUAAAAAUGAACAUAUUUCUAAUAAAUAUUCUGCCAAAGAUUCAGAUUCAGAAGAAGAAUUGCAUAAUCAUGAAAAUGAAAAUCAAAAAGGUAAAAAUAACUCAUUUACCAAAAUUCCAAGUCAGUCAAAUACAUUAAAUGAUACUGAUUCUGAUGAUGAAGAAUCACAUAACACAAGUAACUUGUUAGAUGACAAGGCUGAGGAUGCUGGUGAUGACUAUGAAUCAGGUGAUAGUCUAGACGAAAAUGCCCGUCAAUAUCUAAAAGAAAAUGAGAUAUUGGAAAAAGGAGAAACUUUGUCGUCGGAAAAUGAAUUAUCUAAUGACUCUGACUAUGAAAAAGAUUCUUUCGUCGUAAGCUCAGAUGAAGAAGAUAAUGAAUUAUUAGAAGGCACUGAAGAUGAUCUAUCUAUGAGUGAUAAUGAACUUAAAAUGACUGCUAAAUCAAAGAAGAAGUUCAAUGAACGGAAAAAGAAAGAACAAAAAAAUGCCUCUAGGGAAAUGUUUGAAUCGCGACAUAAACUAAAUAAGAGUAAUAGUUCCGAAACAGGAAAGUUGAAAAAACCAAUACAACAACAAUCAAGUUCAGAAUCUGAAGAUGAAACAGAAAUAAAAACUAAGAAACAUAACAGAAUGAGAUUGGAUUCCAGUCAGGAAGUCAGUUUACUGGAAGACAAAAAUGAACAAAAAGUUAGAAAGAAAAAAUCUAAACGCUUAUCUGAAAGUAUUUGUGAUGACAACGCUUUGAAUGAAAAUGAAAUAACUGUUUGUAAUGAGGGUUUAAAAGAAACUAAUCCUUUAUCAAGUAGUUUAAAAGAUGAACCAAAAACACCACAGAAAGCCGAUGCUUCAAUAGCGUUCAUUAACUCAGAUGAUCCAAAUGUUCAAAAUGACUUAACAAAAACUCAAACAGAAAUCGAAGAUCCUCUAGAAGAUUCAAUGGCUGAAGACGAAUCUCUGAGUAGUGAAAAUGAGAAUAUCAUUCAAAAUUAUGAUUCUGUGCUCGAAGGCUUAAAAAAGACAAAUAAGGCCAAAUCUAAGGAAUGUGAUAUUUCAUUAAACAUUGAUAAGAAACAAAAUAAAAAGAAAAAUAUGGCUAUUGUUGAUGAACUAAACUUAACUCAAGUUAAAUCUACUAAAAAAUUAAAGAAUAUAAGUAAACAAAAAAAAAGCAUUGCAGAAAAUGAAACGUCAAAAUUAGACUUAGAUGAUAGCGCAUCAUCAGAUUCAAUUGAUUUACAGUUAUUGUUUUCUGAAGAUAGUAAUAGUAGUGACAAUAUAAAAAAUAAACCAAAUAUUUCUAGUUCUAACAAAGAACGCUUUGUCCCAUUGAAAAAUACGGAAGGCAACACAAAUAUACGAGAAAAUAUAGAAACUAGCAUCAACUCUGAAGUAUCCUUUCAUCAAAGCUCCAAUAAAAAGAGCAAAAAAGACAAAUCUGUAGACAUUUCUGAUGAUGACUCCAAUGAAAAUGGUGUAGGGUUCUUUAUUGAUACGGAAGGCACGCUCAACAAUUCUGCAAACAGAAGCAAUUCAGAAAGCAAAAAUAAGAAAAUAUCUCUUAAAAGCCAUGAUACCACUGAUUCAGAUUCAAAUGAAAUAGCAGCUGAAAAAGACAAAAGCUUGCAUAUUGAAAAAACUGUUGCUGAUGAAAACUCAGACUCGGAUGCUCCUAAAGAGAUACCAUUCAAGAACGAAAAACGAUUAUCAAAAGCACCAAAUAACAUAACAGAAGUUAGAGAAAAUGAGACAGAUACUACAAUACAAGCUAACGACAAAUCAUUUAUAAAAACCCCUGGUAGUAAUAAAAAGAAAAACCGUAUAUCUCAAUCAGAACAAGAACAAGAAGAUGAGGAUAGCGCCCCACCUGACAUGUUCUUCAAUGAAACAAAAACGAGUGCAAAGAAAAAGAAACGAAUUUCAAAAACUUCUGAGAAUAAUAAUCAAAAUGAUACUACAUUGCAAGCUAGCAACAAGUCACUAUUAAAAACUCCUGAUAGUAAUAAACAGAAGAAACGCAUGUCUCAAGCAGAACAGCGACAAGAAGAAACAGAAAAUAUAUCAGAACUAUUACUUGAUAGUUCUAAACUAAAAUCCCCAGGAAUCAAUCCCAAGAAGUUGAAAGCCACAGAAACCCAAGAGCUAAAACCUAUUGAAAAUGAAGAACAUUAUGUAAACUUCGGAAGUGCUAAAAAGUCCAAGAGAAGUAGCUCAAGUUCCUCUAUAAUUGAAGCACCAUUGUUGUCAACAUUAGUACAUUCUGAGAGUAAUGAUACUAGUGCUAAGAAACGCAAAAGGAAAUCAUCUCUUAACACUCAAGAAGAUAUAGUUGAAGAUGUCCUCGAUACUCUUAAAAAGUCAAACAAUUCAUUGGUCAAUAGUCCGAAAAAAAAGAGGAAAAUGUCUCAAAAUGAAGAAAUUAUUUCAAUUGCAGAACCCACUGUUGAAGAACAUCAAUUAGAGCCUCAUAAUGUUAGUAAAGAGAAAAAGUUUAAGAAAGAACGUCAAAAUGUAGUAAAUAAUACAGAAUUGCCAAAACUAAGCAAGAGUAGCAAAAGAAAGCGAGAUGAAGAUGAAGAAUAUAGCAUUUCUAAGGUUGUCAAACAAAAUUCAUUUGAUAAAGUACAUGUACCCCGUUUGCCUGCCAGUAUUUUAAAGCAACUGGAUGACAAAUCACAACCAAUCUCUAUACCUAAGAAGCCGAAAGUAAUUUCAACAACUGAAUUCAUAGUUGUGGAAGCCAAAAAACGAAAAAAUAAACCAUCGAGUUAUUUAGAAGAAAGCGUUUACCUCAAUGACGAUGAAGCCUUGGACAAAAAACGUAAAAAACGACUUCAAAAACCAAAAGUUUUACCCUUCGUACCUACUGCCUUGACUUCUGCUAGUGGCUAUACAUCUAACUUUAAAGUCAAUGUAAUACCGAGUGAAAUAAAAUUUGUUGCACAAUCUAACAUGAUCAGUAACUUUAAAGAUGACUAUUUAUUCAAUAAAAAAAUAAAACGUCAUGGAACCUAUGAGUUAUACAAAAGAAACAGAAAUAUUAAAUUAUCAAAAUUCUAAUUUCUUAUAGUUAUUAGACCUACAUACCUAGUUUUCUUCAUGACUAAAUAAUGCUAGUGAAUUUUACUCAAUGCCUCAAUAAAAAUGCCAAUUAAUUCUAGUUUUAAUUCUAUUUUUUUUUUUUUGUAUGCUAGCUAUGUGACUAGAGAUUUGUUAAGUUUUAUUAAUUGUCUUCAUAUUUUGUGUCGUCUUUUUAAAAUGUUGAUUUCCUUUUUAAUGUAUAAAAUUUGUUGACUUAAAAUCUUGAAUAAUAUUUUAAUAUUAAAUUUUUAAUAAUUAUCACUAUGCUUAUAUUUGUUGACAUGCAUUUGUUUUUGUUUAAGGACUUCUAAUUCUUUUUUUAUAAAUGUAAUGAUGGCCGUUUAUAAUUCGCGCCAUAAUUGGUUUCCUGUAUUUUAUGUUAUUGUAGAUGGCGCUGGAAAUAACACACUCGGUAUCGCCCAUGUGCCAUGUUUUUAAUUAAAUAUUAAUUGUACCUU